UCAGAGCUGUAUUCGACUGCAAGUGAACCAAUUGACAAUUCGAUCAUAUAUAUUGGGGACCAAAAUCAGGCCAAGAGUCGAAUUAAUAAUAAUGAAUAUUUGCGAUACCUCAAGAAACUCUGCCCCAGCCUCAAGUUGAGAUUGCUUAGAGGAAGUGAUUGUGUGGGGAUGUUGAUAAAUAUUUCGCGCAAGCGAAAAGCUCCUGACGAUAACCUUUCUUUUCUUCUCCAUUUCCCCAUCAAGCCUUAUAGGGUUGGGCACGGGCACACUAGUAGGAAUCGAGGUGGAGGUAUUGAGCCUUUUGUGAUAGGCAAUUACUGCAUUGACAAACUCCUGCAUGCAUCCAUCAAGAAAACAAACGCCCAUGAUGAACUUGCCCUCGUUCGGACAAUAAGCAUCCGGGUCGUAAAAGGCCUCGACGAGUCCAUCUGGCGCAAAGGCCAUGGGCACGAACCUGUGUGCCAGCCUCCUGACCCCCUGAUGAUGAUAGCUGUUGACCCAUAUCUCCUCCUCCAUCCCGAACCAUCCAUGGAGUGGGGUGCCGGGGACGAGGCGUACCGGGUGCCGGUGGGCGUCGUAGUUUUGGUAGUCGAUGUGGGCCACACCUCCUCUCGACAACUCCUUGAGCUGGGAGCCUCGGCAGAUGCCCAAGUAAGGGAUGUUACGCUCGAGGCAGAGCUUCGCGAGGGCGAGCUCUAUGGCAUCCUUCUCGCGGUCGAGUGCAGUGUCGGAGGCGUGGACGAGACGGAUCUCGUCCAACUCCUCCGGAGAGAGGGAAUGGGAAUUAGCAUCUCCAUCUUGGGAAGAAUUAUUAUGAUUAUUAUUAUAGAGGGAUGGGUCAAUGUCCUCUCCCUCGCACAAGAGGACUCCGUGAAUGGGGCCGAAGCUAGACUAUUACAACGCGGGGCAAUAUCACCGACAGAUCUGAUGAUGAUUCUGAUUCUGAAGCACCACCCAUAUAUAAGUUGCCUUGCC